AUGGCCCCCGUCCUCAAGAAGUACAAGGCUGCCGCCGUCAACGCCGAGCCCGGCUGGUUCGACCUUGAAGAAUCGGUCCGCCGAACCAUCCACUGGAUCAAUGAGGCCGGUGCGAACGGUUGCAAGUUUAUUGCCUUCCCGGAGCUGUGGAUCCCCGGAUACCCCUACUGGAUGUGGAAAGUGAACUACCAGGAGAGCCUGCCUCUGCUGAAGAAGUAUCGCGAGAACAGUCUCCCCUCGGACUCCGAGGAGAUGCGCCGCAUCCGCGAAGCCGCGCGCGCUAACAAGAUCUACGUCUCUCUUGGCUACUCCGAAGUCGACCUGGCCAGUCUAUACACCACUCAGAUUCUGAUCUCCCCCACCGGUGAUAUUCUCAACCACCGUCGCAAGAUCCGCGCCACUCACGUGGAGCGUCUUGUCUUCGGCGACGGAACCGGCGACACCACCGAGUCUGUCGUGCAGACGGAGAUUGGUCGCGUCGGACACCUGAACUGCUGGGAGAACAUGAAUCCGUUCAUGAAGUCAUACGCUGCCUCCCUUGGUGAACAGGUUCACGUUGCUGCUUGGCCCUUGUAUCCGGGCAAGGAGACCCUCAAGUACCCCGAUCCGUAUACCAACAUUGCUGAGGCGAACUGCGACCUUGUCACCCCGGCUUACGCCCUUGAGACCGGAACUUUCACUCUUGCUCCCUGGCAAACCAUCACCGCCGAGGGUAUCAAGCUGAACACCCCUCCUGGCAAGGAGCUCGAGGACCCCAACAUCUACAACGGACAUGGUCGUAUCUUCGGUCCUGAUGGACAGAACCUGGUUCCCCACCCUGACAAGGACUUCCAGGGACUUCUCUACGUUGAUAUUGACCUCGAUGAAAUCCAUCUCACCAAGUCACUUGCCGAUUUCGGUGGCCACUACAUGCGUCCCGAUCUCAUCCGCCUUUUGGUGGACACUAACCGCAAGAAUCUGGUUGUAGAAGAGGACCGUAUCAACGGAGGGGUGAAGUAUACUCGGACUGUGGACCGUGUCGGACUUGGCGAGCCUUUGGACGCAAAGCCUGCUGCUGAUGCCGACGAGUAG